AUGGAUAUCAAAUACGUCGUCUUGCUGCAGCUAAUUGGCACGAUGCUCCUACUGAGCUUCGCAGAAGCCAUUCCAAAGUAUGAAGGCAACCAAAAAGCUUAUGUAGAAAAAUCACAAUGGAAUCGUGCAUAUUUGAACGAAAACAAGACUCAGCUCAACGAGCCGCAGACUGCCUCAACAAAAGAUAGAUUGGAACGGUUGGGCUUUGGGACUGGUUAUGGAAGUUUGAAUGGAUAUCCAGGUGGCACAGGACUCUCUGCUUAUAAUCCCAUCAAAUUGGAUCUAGGAGGGGUUGUGCUGGGCACCCUUGUUGGUAUUGGUGCCAUUAUUCUCAUACCAAAACUAUUGUCAGCCUUUCAUGGUGGUUACGGUGGAUAUGGACGCAGCGAUGAUCAAAAUGACCUGACAUCUAUAAGUAACAUGAUAAACAAAAUUGACGACGUGCUCGGUCAAAACAACAUCGACUCAACUAGUUGCAUGCAACGCGCCGUCUGUGGCUAUAUUCGAUCUACGGAGAACAAUAUGAAGUCUGGGGUAUCGGAUCAAAUGGACGAAUUCAUUCACAUGCUGUCCGAAAAUUCACUUGUGGACUACCUAUUGGACGGUACUGCGAUAAAGGAGGCAUUGGAACAUGGAAAGGAACUGAAUAAUAGACCUUGCGAAGAACUUUAUGUAUCUUGUCCACUAGAUAGUGCAUCGGCAACUAACAUUCUUAUGAAAUUAUUGCCCAAGAAAAGCAAAACCUUAAAAUCCAAGUCAACAGAUACAAAAGCAUAAAUACAAAUUAAAGUAUUUCCGAGUUUUCAAAAUAAACACAAUAAAUUGUAAAA